AAUUUUACCAACGCUUAUUUCGUCAACCAACUUUGUACAAAUAGCAUAAUACCAAUUUUUAUACGCUAGCGGGAACGGAGUUGUUUUCCAUUUGAUAGUACGGUACAUUGAGGAGUAUAGAAAAGUAAUCUUCAAUUUGCCUUUUCCUUUUGAGGAUUAAAGGGUAGUGGUUCUGCAACCAAAACCAUUAGUACUCAACAAAACCAACAUUUCCAGUCUAGGUUCUUUAUCUGGUCAAGCCUUUGGGCAUGUACUAACUCCAUUUCUCCAGCUCCACUUUCCAUUACUGCCUACUCAAAACUAUAUAUGUAUCAACAAAAAUUAGUCUCUGCAUUCAUACCAUUAAAUUUUACCUCUUCUUCACAACCAAAUGGCUAAGCUUUUUACGCUACCCUCUAAACCACUCAACUCAAUCAUCUGCUUGUUCUUGCUAGCCACCACCUUCCGGUGCGCUAGUUCAGCCAGAAUACUUGAUGAUGACACCCCACAAUUACCUUUCCAGGCCAACAUACCGGAUGUGGCACCAGUGGUGGCUCCCGCAACUAUAUUACCAAGUGGACAAUUGUCAGCCACCACAGCUGGCCCUGUUAAUCCGACUGAACCAGCUGCUCCAGUUGUUGCGCCUGAAAAUGAUACUCCCGACAUAGAGCCAGCACCGACCACCAAUCUGGCACCACCAGCCACAGCAACACCGAGCGGAGCAAUCAGUAGUGCUGCCUCCACGACAGUGAGUGCCACACCAGCAAAUGCUAUUCCAGAAUCACCACCCUUGUUGUCCUUUUUCAUGCACGAUAUCCUUGGUGGUUCAAAUCCUUCUGGAAGGGUGGUCACGGGUAUUGUGGCCAACUCUGAUGCUAAUAACCUCCCUUUCUCCAAGCCCAACAACCAAAUAUUCCCAAUCAAUGGUGGUGUUCCACUCAACACGAUCAAUGGCGUCAUCAACAACAAUAAUUUCCCCUCCCUCGUUGGCCUCAAUGGUUCACCAGCCAACACUGUCUUACAAAACAGUGGUAACAACGACAUAGUAAAUGGUGGAAAUAACCAAGCAUUUGUCACUGCAGGGCAGCUUCCGGCUGGUCUGACCCUUCAGCAGCUCAUGUUUGGUUCUAUAACUGUGGUCGACAAUGAGAUAACUGAAGGGCAUGAACUGGGAUCAGCAGUACUUGGAAAAGCUCAAGGAUUUUACAUGUCGAGCUCCUCGGAUGGCAGCAGCCAUACGCUUGUCCUGACAGCAUUGUUUCAAGGUCAUGAUCACGAAAUUGAUGACACCAUCAGUUUCUUUGGAGUUCACAGAACAGCUACUCCGAUAUCCCACAUUGCUAUUGUUGGUGGAACCGGAAAGUAUGAGAACGCAAAAGGGUAUGCCACCAUUGAAACUCUUCCCCACGUGGAUCAGCACACAACAGAUGGACUUGAAACAAUUACACACUUUACAGUAUACCUAACUCCAUAGAGGGUUAUUUUCAUUGUUACUUUUCCAUUGUUAUAAAAGUGUUUACAGUGUUGAUUUCAGCAUUUCGUUUAAUGUAUUCGUGUAAUUAAUGAUAUUCUAAAAUCAUUUCUCCAUUAUUU